AAAUAAGACAUCUUUUAUUUUCCUCCAGGACCCCAGCAUAUUUUGACAAGAAGAUUAUUCACAAAGGAUGGAGAACCUGCUGUGAGACGUCUGAUUCUUCCUUGCUUUGUGCCUGCCUUUGGAAAGACGUCGCCGUGCAAAUUCUCCCCAAAUUGCCCCUGGACGUUUUGAUAUUUUGUGCACCUUUCAGGCUGGCUGUGUGGUUAAUAUGCAGAUUGCACUUCUUCACUAAUGAGAGGGAGAAUGGGGACCCAGGGCAGCCCUGUGAAGAGCUAUGAUUAUCUGCUCAAGUUUUUGUUGGUGGGAGACAGUGAUGUGGGCAAAGGCGAGAUCCUGGAAAGCCUUCAAGACGGAGCCUCAGAAUCGCCUUAUGCCUACAGCAAUGGAAUUGACUAUAAGACCACGACAAUAUUGUUAGAUGGCAGAAGGGUCAAACUGGAGCUCUGGGAUACAUCUGGCCAAGGGAGGUUCUGUACUAUUUUUCGAUCCUACUCGAGAGGUGCUCAGGGUAUUCUCUUGGUAUAUGAUAUCACCAAUCGCUGGUCGUUUGAUGGAAUAGACCGAUGGAUCAAAGAAAUAGAUGAGCAUGCCCCUGGUGUUCCCCGUAUCUUGGUUGGAAACCGCCUUCAUCUGGCCUUUAAGAGGCAGGUGCCAACAGAACAAGCCCGGUCCUAUGCUGAGAAAAACUGUAUGACAUUCUUUGAGGUCAGCCCGUUGUGCAACUUCAAUGUGAUCGAGUCCUUUACAGAGCUGUCUCGCAUUGUGCUUAUGAGGCAUGGCAUGGAGAAGAUCUGGAGGCCCAACAGAGUGUUCAGUCUGCAAGAUCUCUGCUGCCGUGCCAUUGUUUCCUGCACACCCGUCCACCUUAUAGACAAGCUGCCCCUUCCUGUCACCAUCAAAAGCCACUUGAAGUCCUUCUCCAUGGCUAAUGGCAUGAAUGCAGUGAUGAUGCAUGGCCGCUCAUACUCCUUAGCCAGCGGGGGCAGUGGGAGCAGUAGCAAAGGCAAUAGCCUGAAGCGCUCCAAGUCAAUCCGUCCGCCACAGAGCCCACCACAGAACUGCUCACGGAACAACUGCAAGAUCUCUUAGCCAGUCAGCGCUGGGGCAUAUCUCCUCCAGCCACACAACCCCUGCACCUGGUCACCAAUGUACAGAUGUUUACACACACGUAACUUGUUCCUCUGUCACUCUGAUGGUGAUGCCUAUCGGAUUGGAAAAGAGUUUGUGGACCAUCAUUAGUCUGGCAUGGAUUCCACAUUCCACAUGGGAAGAGCAGGUCAUAUGCCAAGCCACUCUAGCCAGUGUGCAGGAAGUCUUUCCCUUGCCCUGCUCUGAAGAGGUGACUGCAUGGCUGUCUCAAGGAAACAACUCAUCCUCAUCCUGAGGGUAGAGGUAGGGAGAGAUGGGACUUUGUGCUGUAACUUUAACCUUUGGGCUCCAAAGUGGAUUGCUGGUGCUACAAAGAACUCCUUUUAAACAGGCAGACAAAGAAACAGGGGCCAGGAUUGGGCAAAUUCAACUCAGGUGGAGUCCUGCCUUUAUCCAACAAAGACUAUGGAUGGCUGGGGGGCCUUUGGAAGCAGGCCACUUGAAAUAUUUAUCCACUUAUUUAUAAAGGAAUUAUCUCACUACUUUUAAAAGUACUCCCACAAUGUCCCCCUUCUUGCAUUUUUUUUUAAAAGAAAGGCUUUGGGGAGGGAGUUAUACCCUGAUGUAAAUAUAAGCACGGGCCUUGAACCCUGGGCUAAUUGAAGUAGGAGAGGAGUUGGCAGUGGUCAAGAGGUGAAAUGAUCAAACGCUCUUGGGAAUUGUAUAAGAGAUACAGGGUUGACUUUUUUUUCUCUUUCAGUUUUUAAAAUUCUGUUUGUGAAAAGAGGAAAUGUUUUCUUUUCUUUUUGAACAAAAGUUUGCAGACAUUCCUUAUAGUAAGUGCAUGGCUCAAAUGGACAGCAAGGAUGAGGUUUUGAAUGGUAUUGUGGAUGGUGGGGGCUAGAGAGUUCUGAGCACAUCUGGGAUUGGUUAAUAACUGUUCCAAGGGGUUGCACUGGAGCCCUCCCUGCUUCCAAGAACCCUAAGGCAAACGUGGGCCUAUCCCAAAUCUCAAAAGAUCUUGGCUGGGGAAAAAGGAGAUAACAUCACAAAAAGCUGCUCUUUUAUGGCUUGACAUAAAUGCUGGGCUUUGAGGCGCACAGUGAUUCCUAGCUCAGUUUCUCUUACAGCAUGCUCUCUUACUGGAUAGACAUAAUUGCAUGUUGUGUGACACUGUUGUGUGGCAGUCAGAGCUCACUUUCUGGCUCUGAUCCUAUCAUACUACUAAACAGACCUCUCUAUAUAUUUCCUCAGAGGGGCAUAGGAAUCUCAGUAAUCUUAUGAAUCCAAUUUCUAUUGCUCUUUGCUUUUCAUAGAUCAGCUUUGUCACCCAAUAUUAAAUGCAGAAGACCUCCUAAUAUCAGUUGUAGGAACAGACCCCUUGAGGUGAGAAACAGAUGAGACUGAGCCACCAAAUCUGUAACUGAGAUGGUCGCAGUACAGUUGUACAUCCAUUAAGAAUUGAGCUGAGCAUCUUCCUUUGAUGCCCUGUCAAUCCAUGCAGGUAUCUCAUAGCCUCAAUCCUAGUUGCAGCUUUUUUGGGGGAAAUGGGUUUGUGUGUAGUCUUGCUUCUUGGUUCUAAAGGCUUUUGGAGUCUCCUGAACUAGUAUUAAUGUUCCUCAGACAGAAUUUUCAACUCUGGUUGGAAUUUUAUGUAGCACUUGCAUGUCUGUCUGCAAACCUUAGUGGGAAAUGCCUUUCAGUCUAUGUUAACUUAAAGAGAGGUGCUUGACAGGAAAUGAAGUACUGUAUAAGUGGAUAGGGGACCAAAGUGCAGUCACCUGUCUUUAGUGAUACAGCUUAUGAAUGGCAUUGUGGGCUCUUUGUCGCCUGGUUUUUUCUCUACUUUUGACCUGGUAAGUGUCUUUUCAAAGGUGACUUGCCACAUCAGUAGCCACUCCCCUGGCUAAGAUUGGUUGCCCAGUGUAUUGUGGGUAGGAAUGGGUAGUAUGACGCUGCUAGAUGCUCACGGCACAGCUGACCACCCAUUUUGUUCAGGAACUUCUGACAGACGUCUGGCUGGCAAGGCUGCAUCUUAUUGACUGCUCCAAGAUUGCUUGGCAGGAAGGGUAAGCCAAGCCCUGCCACUGGCAUGAGCUCAAACAGGGUGGCGGGGACAGGUCAAGGGCAGGGGAAAGCCUUUGGCGGCAUCUCAUCGGACUGGGAACAAAGCUGAAGCCAAAUCCGGGCCAGGAGCAUGGAAGCUUCGAGAUUUGCAGGGCAUGUCUGCACAGCCUUGGCCACCUGUUGCCACUUGCUCAAAAUGGAGUGGAAGACAAUCACUGACUCAACUGCCUGGCAUUCUGGGGAUGUGCAGUGAACAGGUGAUCUAGGAAGCAGGCUGGACAGCCAUAUUUCCAUUCUGGUUUUAAAAUAGCCUCUUCCCAAAACAGCUCUAGAAUGUGCAUUGUGUUUUUCUGAAGAAUUACAGGGAGCACCCUCCUCUUGCUUGCUUGACAGGCUGUAGAUCUUCCCUAUUGUCUCUCCAGCACCUGAUAUAGCUUCUGUGUGCUUUGUUGGAAUAUUUUUCUUACCGGGGAGCAGAAGAUGCUGCUGCACAUUGAGAAGCCGUUUUCAGCAACCCAUACUUGUUCUCCUUUGCUGUUUAGUUGAACAUGCCUAAUUCCAGCCUCACCUAAACGUCUGUCUUGAUUUUUUUUCACUCCGUUUUAAUCCUAGCAAGUUCUUUGGAAUGAGAUGCCCUGGAAUGUCCGCCAGUCACAGCUGAACUCGUGUACCUUAUUUUAUUAAUGUUCAACUCAAAAGAAUGUGAUAUCAAACACUAAAAAGUAGCUGCUGUCAAACACUCAUACCAUUCCUGUUUUUAAUUCCUUUGUACAGUAAACGGCGUUCAAACUAAUGGUUUUGAUAUAAAUUAAAAAAGAGAGACUUGUUUUAAAAUCUC